AUGUCUCUCAAGGUGCUCAUCUACGCGUACCGCAAACCCGCGCAGCUAUAUUGCCCGCAGCAUGUUGAGGUGUCCCCCGAAGGCGCGACUACGCGCAAUGCCACUACUCCAGCCACUGUGAUUGUUGGCCAACAAUCCGACUACGACUUUGAUGCCUAUGCCGAGCUCACUUUUGUGGAUCAAGCUGCCUUUCAGGCCUUCGGGGCUAAGAUUUAUGCCCCUGAAGCUGCGACUCAGAUUCCUGCAGAUGAAGAGAGGCUUGAUAAGUCGCAACUGGCUAUUGCGAUGCUGGGGGAUGGGACCGAGAUGAUUAAGUGA